UCUAAUUGAAGUCUUGCUUCAUUCUCCUACACCUGUAAUCGUCACGCCGUCCCCAAUUCAGCCAUGACAGAAUUUAGCGAGCUACUUAAAUGGGCAAGCAGCGAAGGAUUGGUUCUGAAUGGUAUCCAGCCUACCUGGAUAAGCGGUUGUGGUAAAGGCAUCGUUGCCUGCCGCAAGCUGAAGGCAGAAGAAGCUAUCUUAAUAGUACCUAUUCAAGCCAUUCGAAGUAUCACGACAGUCUCCCGGGAAAUUCUUAAGCAACUCCCUCCAAGUCUGCCGCUCCACGGCAUCCUCGCCACCGAACUAGCUCUGACCGAUAUCACUCCAACACCAUGGCAAAAGUCGCUGCCAACUAUGGCCGAUAUCACUGCUGCAAUACCUUUCAUGUGGCGCAAAGAAUUGCAAAAUUUACUGCCAACUUCUGCCCGCAUUCUUCUUGAGAACCAGCAAACCAAGUACAAGCAUGAAUGGAAUACAGUGUCACAAGCAAUACCUUCUAUCAGCGAAGAACGUUUUCAAUACUACUGGCACAUCGUUAACACGAGGACAUUCUUGUACGAGGUAUCCGAAACCGAAUGCUAUAGCUGGGAAGACCGAUUGGCCCUGGUUCCACUCGCCGAUAUGUUCAAUCACGCCGACGAAGGCUGCAGGGUAUCCUAUAUGCCCGAACAUUACGUCAUAACCACUGAUCGAGCAUACGAAGCCGGUGAGGAGUUGUUUAUUUCCUACGGGGACCACUCGAACGAUUGCCUUCUAACUGAGUAUGGCUUCUUGCUGCCAAACAAUCGUUGCGAUGUAAUAUGCAUCGAUGAAAUCGUCUUGCCUCGACUUGACGAGUCUGCUAAAGAGUUGUUGCACCAAAGGGAUUUACUAGGCACUUACAGACUGCAUUUGGAGAAAGGGCCAUGCAGCAGAGCCCAGGCUGCAUUGCGACUGCUUUGUUGUUCAUACGAACAAUGGCUAAAAUACGUCGAGGGCAGAGAUGACGGUUCAAAUUCACAAUAUUCAGUUAACGUGCUAUUAUGUGAACUGAUCAGGGAAUUCCAAGGCAUCAUUCAAAAGAAGCUGCAUAUGCUUGAGCAAACGCAUUCCGGCACCGCUGGGCAGAGAGAAAUCCUUCAGCAACGAUGGCGACAAAUAGAUAGCAUUGCGAAACAGAUCUGCGGUCAAUUGUCCUCCCAGAUUAGAGCCAGCUAGUGGCACGGUUAAGGGCACUCGAGUUGAACUAGUAAUAUUCCUGUCGGGCGAAUGCGGGGCUUGCUCCGAAUUAUGCGAUAAAGCCUAAGAUGGAGGGGUCGGAAAAGGUUUUACCGACCAGCACGGAUGCCAAUACUUGAGUAGCUAGAUAGACCGUCCGGGAGACCAACAAACUACUCAACAAUGCCACAAUUUCUGCAGCGUCAGGGAUUUCGUUUCAUGGGCCGACAAAAUGGCGAAACCAAAACCACGUUUAAGUAUACAGGAUAUGGAGUCUGAGAUUGGCUACAAGAUACCAACAUAUUCUCAGGAAGAGGGGCUACGUUUCUACUCGGACCUGCACAUCGUACCUAAAUCUGAUUACGAUAAAUUCGAGAGGGAAUAUCAGAAGUUGACAAAUCCCAAGCUGCUCAAGUCAGUUUUCCAUGAAAAGCAACUGCUUUCCAGGCUUCCAAAUCACGGAACAACCAAGAGGAUUGAGAGAGCCGGCGAAUCCAUCUUGAUCUAUCGGCAUUCUCGAGAAGGCCUGUAUCGGUGUUCGUGCGAUUUGACCUUUGAUUUUGGAUUGAAAUUACCUCUUCUCUUCACGGAGGUUGAAGCAGCCCGCGCGGUGCUGGUCUCAGAAUUGUCCGUUGAUAUCCCAAACAUCGAAACUCCCGGGCUUUUUGAGUUACCUCUUGAGCUGCGGCUUAGGAUUUACAGAUUUGCUAUACCGCGGGGCCACUGGGAUAUCAACAACACAGAGAUUUUCGAUCAUGAUGUUCUACCUCGUUGUCUUGGUGAUCCCAGUGGUUACUACUUUCCUCUCGGCAAACAGAUCUCUCUCUUACUGGCGAGCAAAAGAUUACGACAUGAAGCCUUGCCUCUGGCCUUUCGAAACACUACAUUUCGUUUAGAGGAUAUGGAUGAUCUUGCAAAACUGCUUGUUGCCGUAGGCCAAAUUGGCCGCGCCAACAUUGAGUCGCUGCAGUUUCCCUGGGCAAGCAGAUCAGAUCUCCAGUGCAUGUGGGAAAAGUUCCCGCGGGCUGAAGAUAAUCAUCUCAAGCUCCCAAGUCUACAUGUGUCAACAUGCAUGAGAUUGCUCCAUCAAUGCUCUAGACUCCGCAAGAUUCGAAUUCUUUUCGACGAGGACCUACUGCUCAACAUACGCGCGGAUGAGUUCAAGACCAAUGAAGGAAUCCAGAGCUUGUGUUCAAUGCAGGGAUUUCCACAUGUGGAAAUUCUUGGAUUAAAUGGAGAUAUUAUGGAAAAUUGUCCUCUUGCGCAAUGGUUGGGCGAAAUACUGAUGAGGUCACAGGCCAAUGGGGAAGAUGAGGAGAAAACUGAUUGAACAUGCUGGAAUUCUUAUUACAGCCUAACCAGCAAGUUUUGGUCUAGAUUACAGUCAUCUGGAGCACAUCAUAUAAGUUUGAAUUCUCUUCUUGUCACAAAAAUGCAGAAACAAGAUUUAGCAUGUUAUUUACUUAUUCUCAUUUUCUGCAAUCGAAUACUCGUUUAUAAAGUCAUAAAUAGAAAGUAUAUUUGAUGCACCGUUGUCAGCCGAUCCGUCGCAGGGUGCUCGGGAGGAAUCUUUGGGCCGUUUCCGUGGGUCCUUGGCGCACACCAAGCACCUCCGAAGUAAAAAUAUGACAUCGUUACGCAAUAUGCCGUAAUAUGAUUUGCGUAUCUCGUUCCAAGUUGCAUCCCAUCCACCAUGCUGGUUAUUGGUGUGAAUAAUUUCCACCACAUCCACAAUGGAAUCGUCUGUGAUGAGCACACGAUUCUUUUCCUCGUUACUACCUGAAGUAGUGCGAAUAUCGCCGGUGGCCUCAUCCCAGAUGAAGGAUCUUCGAACGUAGUUGCGCCGACUAAAUUCCUUUUGUGAUGAAGGUCGCGUAACAUCAGCGGUAAGCCAUUGUAAAAACUGGUCACGCUCGUUUUGCGAUACCCGCCGAUUGCUGGGAUUGUCCGCGAUGUAUUGCUGGAAUUCGGUUCUGAUGCUAGCACUGAACAAAGUCUUGACGGUAAUAUCAGCCAUUCUGACUCCUCAUAACGCACGUCGGUUGUUGCCUUCUGUGUGUUAUGGAACGUCUUCGAGUCACUGUUACGG